CUGCGCCCGCCCGAGUCCCGGCCCUGGCGCCCUCGGAAAGGGGCUGAGCCGCCCGCCGUCCGAAUGGGGAGCCUUGGCGCGCUCGCCCUCUGCCUGCUCCGGCUCCUGCUCCUGGGGCUGCAGCGGCCGCCGUUGCCCGGCGCCGGAGCGCAGAGCGCCGCAGGUGGCUGUUCUUUUGACGAACAUUACAGCAACUGCGGGUAUAGUGUGGCUCUGGGAACCAAUGGGUUUACCUGGGAGCAGAUUAACACGUGGGAGAAGCCAAUGCUGGACCCAGCUGUGCCCACAGGGUCCUUCAUGAUGGUGAAUAGCUCUGGAAGAGCUUCAGGCCAGAAAGCCCAUCUUCUUCUACCAACCUUGAAGGAGAAUGAUACCCACUGCAUUGACUUCCAUUACUACUUCUCCAGCCGAGAUCGCUCCAGUCCGGGAGCCUUGAAUGUCUACGUGAAGGUGAAUGGUGGUCCCCAAGGGAACCCUGUCUGGAACGUGUCUGGGGUCGUCACUGAGGGCUGGGUGAAGGCAGAACUUGCCAUCAGUACCUUCUGGCCUCAUUUCUACCAGGUGAUAUUUGAAUCCGUCUCUUUGAAAGGUCAUCCUGGUUACAUCGCUGUGGACGAAGUUCGAGUCCUUGCUCAUCCAUGCAGAAAAGCACCUCAUUUCCUGCGACUCCAAAAUGUUGAGGUGAAUGUGGGGCAGAACGCCACGUUUCAGUGCAUUGCCGGUGGGAAGUGGUCCCAGCACGACAAACUUUGGCUCCAGCAAUGGAAUGGCAGAGACACGGCCCUCAUGGUCACCCGGGUGGUCAACCACAGGCGCUUCUCAGCCACAGUGAGUGUGGCAGACACCUCCCAGCGCAGUGUCUCCAAGUACCGCUGCGUGAUCCGCUCAGACGGUGGGUCUGGCGUAUCCAACUAUGCAGAGCUGAUCGUGAAAGAGCCUCCCACACCUAUUGCUCCCCCAGAACUACUGGCGGUGGGGGCCACCUACCUGUGGAUUAAACCAAAUGCCAACUCUAUUAUUGGGGAUGGCCCCAUCAUUCUGAAGGAGGUAGAAUACCGCACGACCACAGGCACUUGGGCUGAGACCCACAUCGUGGACUCUCCCAACUACAAACUCUGGCACCUGGACCCCGAUGUGGAGUACGAGAUCCGGGUGCUGCUCACACGACCAGGAGAGGGGGGCACAGGACCACCAGGACCUCCCCUUACUACCAGGACCAAGUGUGCCGAUCCUGUGCAUGGCCCUCAGAAUGUGGAGAUUGUGGACAUUCGGGCUCGGCAGCUGACCCUGCAGUGGGAGCCCUUUGGCUACGCAGUGACCCGCUGCCACAGCUACAACCUCACAGUGCAGUAUCAGUACGUGUUCAACCAGCAGCAGUAUGAGGCCGAAGAGGUGAUCCAGACCUCAUCCCACUACACCCUGCGGGGUCUGCGGCCCUUCAUGACCAUCAGACUGAGGCUGCUACUGUCCAACCCUGAGGGCCGGAUGGAGAGUGAGGAGUUGGUGGUUCAGACUGAGGAGGAUGUUCCAGGAGCUGUUCCUCUGGAGUCCAUCCAAGGAGGACCCUUUGAGGAGAAGAUCUAUAUCCAGUGGAAACCUCCCAAUGAGACCAAUGGGGUCAUCACACUCUAUGAGAUUAAUUACAAGGCUGUUGGCUCACUGGAUCCAAGUGCUGACCUGUCCAGCCAGAGGGGGAAAGUGUUCAAACUCCGGAAUGAAACCCAUCACCUCUUUGUGGGUCUGUACCCUGGGACUACCUACUCUUUCACCAUUAAGGCCAGCACAGCCAAGGGCUUUGGACCCCCAGUCACCACUCGGAUUGCCACCAAGAUUUCAGCUCCAUCAAUGCCUGAAUAUGAUGCAGAUAGCCCACUCAAUGAAACAGAUACGACCAUCACAGUGAUGCUCAAACCCGCCCAGUCCCGGGGAGCCCCUGUCAGCGUCUACCAGUUGGUUGUCAAGGAGGAGCGACUUCAGAAGUCUCGGAGAGCAGCUGACAUCAUCGAGUGUUUCUCAGUGCCCGUGAGCUACCGGAAUGCCUCCAACCUCGAUUCUCUACACUACUUUGCUGCUGAGCUGAAGCCUUCCAAUCUGCCUGUCACCCAGCCCUUUACAGUGGGAGACAACAAGACCUACAAUGGCUACUGGAAUCCACCCCUCUCCCCAUUGAAGAGCUACAGCAUCUACUUCCAGGCUCUCAGCAAAGCAAAUGGAGAGACAAAAAUCAACUGCGUGCGUCUGGCUACGAAAGCACCCAUGGGCAGCGCCCAGGUGACCCCGGGGACUCCACUCUGCCUCCUCACCACAGGUGCUUCCACCCAGAAUUCUAACACUGUGGAGCCCGAGAAGCAGGUCGACAACACGGUGAAGAUGGCGGGUGUGAUUGCUGGCCUCCUCAUGUUCAUCAUAAUUCUACUGGGGGUGAUGCUGACCAUCAAAAGGAGAAGAAAUGCUUAUUCGUACUCCUAUUACUUGAAGCUGGCUAAGAAGCAGAAGGAGACCCAGAGUGGAGCCCAGAGGGAGAUGGGGCCUGUGGCCUCAACUGACAAACCUACCACCAAGCUCAGCACCAACCGCAACGAUGAAGGCUUCUCCUCCAGCUCUCAGGAUGUUAACGGAUUCACAGAUGGCAGCCGUGGAGAGCUGUCUCAGCCCACCCUCACCAUUCAGACUCACCCCUACCGGACUUGCGACCCUGUAGAGAUGAGCUACCCCCGAGACCAGUUCCAGCCCGCCAUCCGGGUGGCAGACCUGCUUCAACACAUCACCCAGAUGAAGAGAGGCCAGGGCUACGGGUUCAAGGAGGAAUAUGAGGCUUUACCAGAGGGACAGACAGCUUCGUGGGACACAGCCAAGGAAGAUGAAAACCGCAAUAAGAAUCGAUAUGGGAACAUCAUAUCUUAUGACCACUCCCGAGUGAGGCUGUUGGUGCUGGAUGGAGACCCUCACUCAGACUACAUCAAUGCCAACUACAUCGACGGUUACCACCGACCCCGGCACUACAUCGCAACUCAAGGUCCAAUGCAAGAGACCGUGAAGGACUUUUGGAGAAUGAUCUGGCAGGAAAACUCUGCCAGCAUCGUCAUGGUCACAAACCUUGUGGAAGUGGGCAGGGUGAAGUGUGUCCGAUACUGGCCAGAUGACACAGAGGUCUAUGGAGACAUUAAAGUCACCCUAAUAGAAACAGAGCCCCUGGCAGAAUACGUCAUCCGCACCUUCACGGUCCAGAAGAAAGGCUACCAUGAGAUCCGGGAGCUCCGCCUCUUCCACUUCACCAGCUGGCCUGACCAUGGUGUUCCCUGCUAUGCCACUGGUCUUCUGGGCUUUGUCCGCCAGGUCAAGUUCCUCAACCCCCCAGAAGCCGGGCCCAUAGUGGUCCACUGCAGUGCUGGAGCUGGGAGGACUGGCUGCUUCAUUGCCAUUGAUACCAUGCUCGACAUGGCUGAGAAUGAAGGGGUUGUGGACAUCUUCAACUGUGUACGUGAACUCCGGGCACAGAGGGUCAACCUGGUGCAGACAGAGGAACAGUACGUGUUUGUGCAUGAUGCCAUCCUGGAAGCAUGCCUCUGUGGCAAUACGGCCAUCCCCGUGUGCGAGUUCCGCUCUCUCUACUACAACAUCAGCAGGCUGGACCCGCAGACCAACUCCAGCCAGAUCAAAGAUGAGUUUCAGACACUCAACAUCGUGACACCUCGGGUGCGGCCUGAGGACUGCAGCAUUGGGCUCUUGCCCCGGAACCAUGAUAAGAACCGGAGCAUGGAUGUCCUGCCUCUGGACCGCUGCCUACCCUUCCUCAUCUCAGUAGAUGGAGAGUCCAGCAACUACAUCAAUGCAGCACUGAUGGAUAGCCACAAGCAGCCCGCCGCCUUUGUGGUCACCCAGCACCCUCUACCCAACACUGUGGCAGACUUCUGGAGGCUGGUGUUUGAUUAUAAUUGUUCGUCGGUGGUGAUGCUGAAUGAGAUGGACACUGCUCAGCUCUGUAUGCAGUACUGGCCCGAGAAGACCUCUGGGUGUUAUGGUCCCAUCCAGGUGGAGUUCGUCUCUGCAGACAUUGAUGAGGACAUCAUCCACAGAAUCUUCCGUAUCUGUAACAUGGCUCGGCCACAGGACGGUUACCGUAUUGUCCAGCACCUCCAGUACAUCGGCUGGCCUGCAUACCGAGACACACCCCCCUCCAAGCGCUCUCUGCUCAAAGUGGUCCGACGGCUGGAGAAAUGGCAGGAGCAAUAUGAUGGAAGAGAGGGUCGCACUGUGGUCCACUGCCUAAACGGGGGAGGCCGCAGCGGAACCUUCUGUGCUAUCUGCAGCGUGUGCGAGAUGAUCCAGCAGCAGAACAUCAUCGAUGUGUUCCACAUCGUGAAGACCCUCCGCAACAACAAAUCCAACAUGGUGGAGACGAUGGAACAGUAUAAAUUUGUAUAUGAGGUGGCACUGGAAUAUUUAAGUUCUUUUUAGACUGAUUGGAUGGGGAACCCGCCAGAGUUCAGAGGUCGCUGCAGCUGCCCCUCUUUUUCUGUGACUGACAAUGACUGGUCUCAGGAGCUCCAAGGUGACCCACCUGCCCAGCUCCAGGAAGAAGACUGGUGGUGUCAUGCUCGGCAGGAGGCCCUGCAGCUU